UUCAAAUCGAAAGGCCGAAUUAAACUUUGACAAAGGAUUACAAAUAGUAACCUAGACGGACCCAUGAAUAGAUCUACAUUGAAACAAUAUUGAAGCAAUUGAAAUACAUAUCAUUGAGACAAAUGCUUUAGUGUGUGUGUGUGUGUGCAUGUAUCUAUAUAUAUAUAUACCUUGUGAUACCUUGUGAUACAAAAUUGAAUAAAUAUCAAAUAUUCAGUGCUUUUGUGUUUAGUGAGAUUAAAGCAGUCAGGCAUUCGGAAUACGUAUCAUUGAGCCAAAUGUCUAUAUGUGGAACAAACUUAUAGAUUGAAGCGAUCUUCCGACGCUUGAAAGGCAUCUAAUAAGGCAGAAAUGAAGGUUGCUUGAACUAUUUUCCAAGUCAACUAUGAAAAUCCACUUACUAUAAAUCCCAAGCUCAAGACACGAAAAAUAUUGAAGAAUACUUCCUCAGAAUAUUGUUUUAUAGAUCUUAAAAUCCCAGCAUUAAUGGACAAAGGCAAGAAGAGAUUGGCUGUUCUGGUCGGUUGCAACUAUCCCAACACCCAAUACGAGUUGCAUGGAUGCAUAAAUGAUGUGGUAACCAUGAGAGACGUGCUCCUGGAAAGAUUUGGGUUUGAUCCUAGCCAUGUUCAGCUCCUGAUCGAUACACCAGGGUCCUCGGUUUUGCCUACGGGUGCGAACAUUAAGGCUGCACUUGAUAAGAUGGUGAACCAGGCUGAAGCUGGGGAUGUCCUGUUUUUCCAUUAUAGUGGACAUGGGACAAGAAUUCCUAGCUUGAAACCUGGCCAUCCUCUCAGGCAGGAUGAAGCAAUCGUGCCUUGUGAUUUCAAUCUCAUCACUGAUGUGGACUUCAGGCAAUUGGUUAAUCGAUUGCCAAAAGGAGCAAGCUUGACAAUUCUUUCAGAUUCCUGCCAUAGUGGUGGUCUAAUUGACAAAGAGAAAGAACAAAUUGGACCUUCUACUGAUAAGAACACAAUAGUUUCCUACAGUGCCAAGAGCAUCCCUUUGGAAUCCAUACUCGACCACCUAACAUCACUAACAAGCAUCAACACAUCAGAUAUCGGAACUCAUUUGUUAGAAUCCUUUGGUGCUGAUGCCAGUCUCAAGUUCCGAAUACCCCAGCACGAAUCGGAUUUAUUUGAACCAUUGAAGGCGGAUGAGGGGAUUCUGUUGAGUGGAUGCCAAGCAAAUGAGACAUCAGCUGACAUGAACGCUGCUGAGAUUGGAGGAAAGGCGUAUGGGGCGUUUAGCAAUGCAGUGCAGAUGGUACUGAAUCAGAACUCAGGUGAAUUGAGCAACAGACAGGUCGUGAUGAUGGCUAGGAAGGUUUUAGAGGCUCAGGGAUUUGUGCAGCACCCUUGCCUUUAUUGCAGUGAUGGGAAUGCUGAUGCUACGUUCUUGUGGCAGGCUAAUGCUGAGGUUGAGUCCUAUUGAUAUUGAUAUAUUUGCUUUGUGAUUCAUUUUGGGCAAUUUGCAAAAAUAAAUUAUGUUAUGUCACUCUCAUGUGUGACAGAUUCUCAAUCAAAUCCUUUAUGAAUUUGUAAAACUUAAUUGGUUUUAUUUUGGGUUAAUAUAUA